AUGUUUGCUGUAUCUAAGAUUCCCCGAUUCGACGAACUACCUCUCCGCGAGGGCGAUCCCCCAUUCUCCGCCUGGGGACUUUGGAAAAAUCCCGAGUAUGGAUCUCUCAACUAUCUGACUGAAAAGACGUUGUUGCAAGCUGCUCGAAAUGAAAUUCAGACAGGUCAAAGAGUUUCGCUGGAUCUGCCUUUGGACCUAAUAAAUCCUCCUUUGUUAGGGAGAAAAUGCUUCGAGAGAGAAAUUAUAAACAAGGCCCCUAGGGUUAUCAAUGACGAUGUAAUCACGUUCAAUACCCAGGGAAGCUCGCAAUGGGAUAGUUUUCGACAUUUUGCGUAUCAGAAACAAGGCAAAUUUUAUAACGGAGUAACUCAGGACGAUAUCCACAAUGACCGGUCAAGUACCGUUGGUUCUUCAUCCCUCUGGGCAGAAGGAUUGGGAGGUAUUGUCGGCCGAGGCGUCUUGAUAGACUAUCACACCUGGGCAGGCGAAAAUGGCAUUCAGUACAACCCUCUAGCCGCCUACCCUAUCCCCUUAAACACAGUGAAGCUCAUUGCCCAUGAAAAUGGUAUCGAAUUCCGGUCAGGCGAUAUUCUCUUUUUACGCACUGGUUUCGUCAAAGGAUACCUUCAGCUCAACAGCACGGACAGAGAAAAACAGUCUAUUGUUUCUCAUUUCCCCGGGCUCAGUCAGUCCCGACAAACAACUGAGUGGCUCUGGGAGCGACAGUUCUCUGCGGUAGCUGCUGAUAGUCCUGCCUUUGAAAAUAUCCCUGCAUCUGACCCUGAAUAUAUGUUGCACCCCAUUCUCUUAUCUGGGUGGGGAACCCCAAUCGGUGAGUUGUUUGACCUUGAGGCGUUGGCACAAAAGUGUAAAGAAUUGAAGCGUUGGUCAUUUUUUGUAACAUCUGCUCCUUUAAACUAUACAGGGGCUGUGGCAACACCGCCUAAUGCCCUUGCUAUUUUUUGA